AUGGUAGAGUUUGCCAUCAACAACUCGGUGCAUGCGUCCACGACACAUACACCGUUUUACGUGAAUGGCUUACGCCAUCCGCGUGUCAUUGCGUUUGAUGCCGAUAUCGAUAACAUCGAUAUCGAAGAAGAUAAUGCCAGUGAGAGUGCGGAAGCCCUCACUGAAGAAGAUGGUUCCAGUGAGAGUGCGGAAACCCUCACUGAAGAAGAUGAUUCCAGUGAGAGUGCGGAAGCCCUCACUGAAGAAGAUGAUGCCAGUGAGAGUGCGGAAGCCCUCACUGAAGAAAAAGUUGAUGUUGCUGCAGUGCGCUCACAGCGCACUGAAGCUAACGAGUCAUCAGAUGAGUUCAUACUGGCUCGUGAAACGGUAGUCCGUUUUGUGCAAGAUUCCAUCGCCGAAGCGGUGGAUAAGCAAAAGCAAAACGCUGACAAGAAUGAAAGGGCAAACACUCUUUGA